AUGCCGCCUGGCGCCCUCAAUGCAUUAGAGUUACCGCUCAAGAACCUCGAUCUUAGUUCACCCUCCAUCAAGCACUUUGUGGAUCUGAUCACCGAUGUUCCCAAAGCUUCUAUUGACCUGCCAUCCCUACAGGCUGUCUUCAGGGAUCAGGCGUGGCAUGAGCUUCCCGAGGUCCUGAAGCUGAAAGGCCGCCCUACCUUCGAAACAAUCACACAAUACUUCUUACCGCCUCACUCCGACGAUGAUCUCUUGGUUGUCAUCUACAUCCCCAAUGAUAAAGUUCCCGCGGUUACUCUCAAGGACUUUCUUCAUGGCAAUGGCUAUGAAAUUGCUUGGGGGCAGAACAACAAGAAGAUCGUGAGGAAGGCCUUUCAAUGGAUGUUGGAACAGCUCGGCGGUACUCAGUUCCGCAAGUACACUUUGACUUUGACCCUUGAAAAGAAAAGACCCACUUCUUCUGCCACCCCGCCUGAAGAUGAUGGUUGGGACUUCAUCAAGCAACAUGGUGAGCUUGAUAAAAGUGAUCUGAAACAAUUGAAAUGGAUCCAUCACCAUAUCAAUCUCGAAGGUUGUCCUAUCCAUGGCUGGCAAGAGAGAUUAGUACAAAAGGCAUUGGAUUCUUUGGCAAACGAUUCUACUGUAGCUAAGCUAUGCAACCGCUACGACUUGACCUUCGCCGAUGUUGAGCCAGAGAUUCGGGACAUUAUGGAGGAAAUCGUUCCAACCCUUCGAGAUCAUGCCCUCUGGCUUCUGUGUCAAGCAGGAAGAGGCAAAACCCCGCUCGGUCGCAUCAUGGCUAUGAUGUUCUCCAGGUUCCAUGGAGGCAUGGGCAAUUUUAGAACCACAGCCGAUCUUGAUUUCUGCAAAGGGAUUCCAUUUACGAAAUGCUGUCCAGCCUUGUACGAUGACGGUAGCAUUGGUGGAGAAGAAGCAAAGAAGUUGAAAGCAUUCACUGAUGUUGGAGAUGAUGAUGCACUGACAGUCUCCCACGAGGACUUCUUCUCGAUGAUUCGACCUGCCUUAGGCAACAUGUCGCGUACAGAUGCCAUGGCCAUCUUGAAACGCAGUGCCUUCGUGAUCUUUGGCAAGCAACACAUCACCUACCGCCUCCCAUCUGAGCAUACCAUCCAAGCACGUCGCAUUCGCUGGACCAAGGCAGACAUCCUUCUCGAAUCUUCUCGACUCCUCGAAGCCGCCUGGUUGGCUGAAGCUAUGCGUAGAGGUGAUGUCAAGCGUGCAGAAGAGAAACGUCAGCAGGAACGCCAAGUACGGGAAGCAAAAAUGCACAGCAUCCCUUUUGUCAAGAUGGAGGAACAGGAGUACCAAGAUGGCCACGCCUCGCUCGCUCGUGAAACCAAGAAAGAUCCUGUGGACGUGGACACCGAUCGCGCUUCUAUGGGCUGGACGAACUGGGACCUUCAGGUGAACGAGGAGGUCAAAGUGAAGACAGAGCCCCUUGUUUUCCGAUCUUUGCGUCCCACUUCUGGUCAUAUCAUCGAACUGGAUACACCUUCCCCAAAGAAACGCAAAUCAUACUCGUUCGCCUCUACUGCUAUGCCCUCAGAGCCAAACCCAACCAAUGCCAUGCUGGGCCUCCCAGAUGCAGAUGACGAGGAGAAGGACAUCUUGGAGCGUGAACUCGAGAAAGGGGUGGACCGUCUCGAUGAUGACUGGCCUGCAGCGGGCGAAGUUUCCUUUGCCUUGGGCUCAAAAAUGAAAGGUUCACUGGCUUGGAAGAAGGUCGACUAUGUCCGAUCCCCGGAAGCUUUGCCUUCGCUUCGCCUGGAUCGUUGCAAAUGGAAGCGGAUGGUCUUCUACAUUCUUGGGAAGGGUCCACAUGCCCUCACUGUGGCAAAGGGCGGCGACUACGGUACUGCUUCAGUUGGCAAUUUCACGGAUAGCCGCUAUCAGUUGGUUCAGAUGCAGGUUCAUUUUGGGUCAGAGCCACCACGUCCAGAAUAUGGAGUAUUGUCCCCUCAUCAAGUGCGAGAGGUUGCCACACUGAUUCAAGAGUUUGCACCGGAGAUUCUGCGAUCUGCGAGGCGAUCAGACGGCAGCGCCAUACGGAUCGGCAACAGUAGUGGCUUUAAGUCCAGACAAUGGCGUAAGACAAGAAGAGAGAUGGAGAGAGAGGAAGCCAAUGCAGAAGAAGAGGCUCAGACUAAGGAAGCAGACCUGGAUCAACAGCAGCUUCCUCCACGUCCCCGUGGCACGGCCGGCGCGAUGCCGCAGAUGCAAGCAGUGCCAACGGAGAAGCUCCAGGUGAACAAGUCUACUUUGUUUACCACGCUGGAAAAGACAACAGCAACCAGCAGGGUGAUGUACGACACUGAGCUGAAGUUUAUGCCUGAGGAUGCCUACAUCAAGCAUGUGGCAGAAACCUUGCUGACUCGGAAACAGUGGAGCCAGCUGAUCGCUGACAACAAUGACACCGACGAGGUCAUGUUCGACCGCAAAGGCGCAAAUUCAACGCUCCGCAUAGCUGUGCCUGUGGCUGACCGUGUGCAUCUUUCCAACCUGUUCGAUCGGGCAAAGGAGCUGACCUGCCACAGCAAGGUUCGGCCCCGCCGAAGCCCGAUCGAUGCAAAUGCCUUUUCAAGCUUUUCAACUGAGAUUGAUUUGGAAGAUCUCGAGAAGGCCAAUGCAGAGCCAGCCAGUGAAGAAGAGACUGAGACUUGUUUGGAGGGCGCCUGCCUUGCCAAUGGUGACAAUGUGCGUAAGUCCGAGACAGGUGACAAGGCUGAGAAGGGGGUACCAAAGGCGACUGCCAAAAAGAAAGCUACCGCAGCCUCUGGGCGCAAGGGCUGGUUUGAUCGCGACACUGCGAUCGCAAGCAAAGUGCGUGCUGAGACAACAGCUUUGUGUGGCUUGCAGGACAUUGCGUCCCUUCAGAGCCUCAAGGAGCAUCACGCAGCAAAGGAGCUUUCAGUCGCAAGUCCUGGCGAUGGAGAGUGUCGCAUGGAAGAUGCUGCAGGUGCUGGAGGAACUGACGGGCAUCAGCUGAAGCAGGGGCAAGUGUCCAAAGCUCCACCUUGCCAAUCGUACACGGAUCUCUCCACGAUUUCAUCCAUCAAGGGUUCCUUGGAAUCUUACUGGAAGUGUCAGACAGCAGUGGAGUUGCGUGACUUGGCCCGUGACCGUACCUUGCAACGAAGACCCAUCACUGAGCUUCUUGGAGCAGUGAAUGUUGGUGUCAAGGAAUUGAAGAAGGCAUUGACCGCCCUGGAUCAACGCAAUGCCAAAAGAAGCAUGCCAAACGCUCCUACCACUCGCAAGAGACAAAAGGGUGCUGUUUUGCAGCAGUCUGUCUUCGAGCUUGGCUUAGAGAAAGGACGCUGCUUCCAUUGCGUCGAUGCUGCUUCGCUUGCUUCGCAGAGCAAAAGCUUGGACCUCUCAGUGCCUUUGAUUGUCAAGAUGAACAACCUCGCCAGCGCCUUGAAGCAGUCCAUGGAGUCCUUUGAGGGGGCCUUCAACAGGCAUGUCAAAGGCAAUGAGAAGAACAAUCUGACAAAGGCCCCCGAAUCACGAUCCAAGGUGAGGGCCUCUGCUCCCCUUUGCUCCCUGGAUGCGCAUGCGGCAUGGGACAAUCUUUGUGAGACGCUUUUGAUUCCUGACCUGGUUCCAAAGGAGGUGAUUGGAUGUGGUGGCAAGCCAGUGGUCCACAUUGGAGUUCAAGCGGGUUCCAAUACAGCUGCAUCUGAGAAGGGCUGGCAAGCCAGUCUGAGGUUGACAUACACAGGGACCAAGACUGUCCUCGCUUGCUCAGCUACCUCUGCCAUUGCAAUCUUUGGCUCAGUGGACCCGGGGCAGCUUUGUCAGAAGAUGCUGGACAUGACUGCCGAAGAUGUUCUGCGGAUGGUGGCUUUGCCAGACGGUGCCACGCUCUGGGCUGGCACUGUUGGGCCGCAUGAGCUGUUCUACCUCCCUGCGGGCUGGUUGUUCGCAGAAUCGGUUCUUCCAAAGUGCGAUCACAUGGGCAUUUUGUGCCGAGGAAUUGUCGCCAAAGAUGACGCUUGUCUGGAUCAUGUCCACGAGGCUGGCAAGCUUUUCUCUUUGGCCAAGAAGACUGAUGCAGAUCUCGACUCUGUACUGUUGGCAUUGUCAUGUGCUGCUGAAUGCAAGGCCAAGGCGAUGGAAAAUAGCAAAGAAGAUCAAUCAAAAGCACCAGAUGUACCGGUUACCAAUUCUCCUGUGGAAGUGGUGGAGGAGCAGCCAGCACAGGCUGCAGCUCCCACCUUUGAUCUUCAUGAUCUCACACAGGAAAAGGCUGAAGGCAAUGGUGACUCUCGACAUGCGGAUGGUUGGCCUCUCAAUGGAAGUGUUUCGGGUGCGAUUCAGAUCGUUGAUUGA